CAGAGACUUAAGAUAGAACAUGGGUCGUCCAACGUCAAUUCGGAGACUAGCAGCUUGGCUAGUUUUGGCGUGUGUUGCGUCCGGCACAUGGGGCAGCAAGAGAGCCUUUAGUAUUCAUGAUGACCUUUUGGCCUUUCCCCAAUUUCAAGUAUUCUUCCCUGGUGACUACGUCCUUGAAUCAUACGCGAAAGAGCUGCUUCAAACGCGCAAUAAAUCGCCGGCAUUUUCUGGAGACCGACAAAAUGGAGGACGUGGGAAUUCACAGGCGUAUUUGGAUGGUGAUACGAAAUCCGCUCGAAGUGACAGCAAAGAUGCAAGUGAUGAACAAGCUGUGGAAUUUGAAGAGAUGAUUCUCCAAGGACGGCGAUAUCUCUGUCAAAUACCGCAAGCCACGAUCGAAGACGGAAACACGACAACUCAAGCUCAAGAGACGGACAAAACAGAGGAACAGAAGGAACUGGCGAGGGCCACGAGCCGCGGCCUCGAACUGUUACGUGAAAUGGAGGGAGACUGUAUGUAUUACAUGUCAGGAUGGUGGUCAUAUUCGUUUUGUUACAAGAGCCAGAUCAAGCAAUUUCACGCGCUGCCCUCCGGGAACGGAGUCCCCGCCUAUCCUCCCAUGGAAGAUCCUGCGACGCAGUCAUUCAUACUCGGCAAGUUUCCACAGAUAGAUAAUGACGAUGCAACUGAGGGGGAUGCCUCGGAGCACAAGAAAAGGGCAACGGAGUCAGCUGAGCUUCAAACAAAGGGAGGUUCACGGUACCUUGUACAGCGGCUGGCAGGUGGAUCCAAAUGUGAUCUCACAGGGAGAAAUCGAAAAAUUGAGGUGCAGUUCCAUUGCCAUCCUCAAACGACCGAUCGUAUCGGUUGGAUCAAGGAGCUUACCACCUGUUCCUACUUGAUGGUAAUCUAUACCCCCCGCUUGUGCAAUGACGUUGCCUUCCUCCCUCCCCAGCAGGACCAAGUCCAUCCGAUCGAAUGCCGUCAGAUCAUCCCUCCGCAGGAGAUUCCUGAGUGGGAAGCAAUGCAGCAGUACCGCCAAACCCAGAAGCUCGUCGAAUCAGCCUCUCCUGAGUUUCCAAUCAUUGGUGGGACUGCGGUCGGGGCGCAGAAACUCGUUGGGAAAGAAGGCAAACAGAUAGAAAAGGGACGAGUUGCGUCCGUAGGUGACCAGACCAUCCAAGUGGUUGCCAAACGCGAGAAUGGGAAAAUCGUCCGGCUAUCCGCAGAAGAGUUGAAACGCUUCGAUCUCGAUCCCGAGAAGAUAGAAAUUCUAAAGAAGAAACUUGAAAGUGUGGCCAAUGGUAAGAAUUGGGUGCUGGAGGUCAUCGAAUCCGAUGGGGAACGCGGAUUGCGUUGGAUUAUCGAUCCUGACGAGGAUGAGGAGGAAGGACAUGACUCCGAGGACACGACUGCGGAAGAACGUGAAAAGAAGGAAGGAUCAGGACAGCAGAAACACACUGGGGAUGAACAGGGAUAUGCGCAAGGUGAGGCCGAUGAGGAUUCCUCUUCUGAGGAACCAGAAACCGGCAGCGAAGAAAUCUUCAAAGAUGAGUUAUGAUAUGAGCUGUGCCAAUCUAUGUUCAAUAGAUGAGAAAUGGCAUAUUUGAUAUAUCUAUGAAUCUGUAUACUAAUAGUACUACUUUUUUUUUUGUAGAGUAUGCCCUACGCAGUGAUUUAAAAUUGAAUGGGCAUUGAACAGAGAGAUGUCCAGCACAAUAACCAUCUGCUAGUCCAAUUUCC